CUAUCUAUAUAUAUAAAAAUAUAUCCCUACCUAGGCCUAGAUUAGGUUGGAUAAGCUUAUCAGUCCCUUAAGGCCCUAGAUCACGUGCACCUAAUGGGUUAUCCAUAUCCAUGUGGGUUAGAUGUCAUCCAUCCAUAUCCAUGCGGAUUGGAUCAGGGUCAACCCCUAUCCAACCCAAAGUGUGGAUUGGGCGGGUUGGAUAUGGAUUUGCGGAUUGGGUCAGCCAGUCUAAACCUAACUUCCAUUAUCUCCAUUUACUCCCCUAGUUGCAGCCACUAAGGCAUCCUCCACUAGGCAUACUAGACUGUCACGGGCUAGAAUAUCUCAGUCCGAGGCUUUACUCUAGCCAUCCCAAUAGGCCACGAAG